AUGGCCAAUAUCUUCGAUGACGGGGAAGGCGGCCUUCGCCGAAGAAGACCGCGACCGAUUACUGACUAUGGUGCCUCCAUGGUCCAGUGGAUGAGCCAUCGGAAACCGGCGUACAAAGGAAGUUAUCACUAUGAACUAGAACGGCCCAGUCAGAGCUAUGUGGUCGACAUGUUACCGCCGCCGGCGCGACGCGAUGCACCGGCCGAAUCGAUUCCGGUCCGCCAUCUGCACACCUCCCUGGGGAAAUCAAAAAAGCCAGUCACCAUCGUCCGGUGGAUGCCUGAAGGUCGCCGACUGCUUGCGGGCGUGCACAAUGGAGAGUUUAUGCUGUGGAACGGCAUGUCUUUUAACUUCGAGACCGUCACCGCCAUGGGAUCGAGCUCACUGCGUGCCGCCGAGUGGUCCAAUAGAAAGGACUGGCUUGUAGCAGCCAACGAUGAGGGCACGGUCUACUAUCUCCAGCCGACCUUGAACAAUCCGCAUCAAUUCAAAGGUCACGAUGCGCCAAUUAGAGAUAUCGCGUUCGCGCCCUCCGACACCAAAUUCGUGACCGCCUCUGAUGACAACACUCUCAAGAUCUGGGACUUCACGUCGUCCACCAACGAAUCCACCUUCAAGGAACACGGUUGGGAUGUCAAAGCCUGCGACUGGCAUCCGACAAAAGGCCUGGUCGUGUCCGGAAGCAAAGACCACAGUGUCAGGCUGUGGGAUCCCCGUACCACACGAAAUCUGACGACGCUGCACGGUCACAAGAACGCAAUCACGGCCACCGUCUUCAGCCGUCUGCGUGACCAGCUGCUCGCCACGGCUGGCCGAGAUGGUCAAAUACGCAUUUUUGACCUACGCUUGAUGCGGGACGUUGCUAUCCUGCGUGGCCACGAGAAAGGCGUGACCACAGUAUCAUGGCAUCCCAUCCACCCCAGCUUAAUCAGCUCAGGCGGCGAUGAUGGCUCCUUAAACUCGUACCUCCUGACCGAGCCGAACACGCCACCAAGCAUCUCUUCAACAACUGCAUCCCCCUAUGCUUCGUCCGACCCACGGUCUGCCCCGGCGCAGUCCAUUUAUCCAGCCCACCGGAUGCCGCACGCGCACGACUCGUCAAUCUGGUCGCUCGACUGGCAUCCCCUGGGCCAUAUCCUGGCCUCGGGCUCCAACGACCACUACACUCGGUUCUGGUCGCGUGCGCAACCAGGCCAAACCACGUGCUUCAAAGACCAGUUCCAUCUGGGCGAAGAGGGCGCCGAGGCUCAAGGCACAUGGGACCGCAAAUUCGGACGCAGGCAAGCCAAGGAGCUGGAAGAGCAAGAGGCCGAAGACGAGGCUGAAGGUCUGGAGGAUCAAGGUGCCGCCCCAGGUUCGCAAGCUGCCGGUACAGCGGUAUCAAUCCCUGGCCUGCCUGGUCUCCCUGGCAUAGGCAUGAACGGGGCGACGGCGACGGCGACACAGCCAACGUCUUCUGGACCGGCCGCAUUCACCCUCCCGCCACCCCCGCCGUCUCUGAUGCCAGGCCUGCAGAAUAUUCCUGCCGGGAUGCCACCACCGUUCCCGCCCGUGCCAGGCAUGGAUGCCGAGUCUCUGCAACGGCUUCUCGCCAUGUCCCAACAGGUCCAACAAGCGGCGCAUCAGCCACCCGCACAUGUGCCUGGUGGUCUUUCAUCGGCGGCCUUCCCCGGUCUAGGCGGCUCAGCGCCGAUCGACUUUUCCAAACUCAAUCUCCCGCCGGGGUUUCAAGUGCCGCCUCCCCCGCCCAAUAUCGGAAUGCAGAAUGGCUCUCUUGCCGCCGGCAUACCGGGUCUGGGGGCAGGGGCAGGGGCAGGGGCUGCUGGACAGGGUCAGGGUCGGGACGAUGCAGUGCGCAGGCGUGCGCCUCUGCCGAGCCAGAGCGACGGCUUCAAGGCCGAGCAAGCCAGAGGGAACUAUCGCGUGGCGAGAUGA